AGAGUUGAGGGCAGAGAAGAGAGCGGUCACUGACAUUGGGAUGUCGAGGAAGAGGAAGACUUCUUCGCAGGGUCUGCUGGCUACAGGGGCCACGAAGAAGUUUCGUCAGUCUCGCAUGGAUGAAUCCUUCGAUCCAAAAUGGCAGCAGGACUUGGACGUGUAUUUCCUGCAGUGGUUGUAUGUCAGCGGCAUCCCGUUCCACGCAACGAGGAGGCAUGAGUUCAACACGUUCAGGAAGCACCUCGCGACAUGUCCCCCUCGGGUGCAUCCGUCUAUGCCCAACCAUCACCGCAUUUGUGGCGAUGGUAUUGUCCAGCAGCACAAGGGCGUUGCGGAGAUGUUGGCGAUGCUCAGGAGAGAUGUGGCGGCGACAAGAGCGACCAUCCUCACGGAUGGUCGCAAAUCCAUCACUCCUGAUCAGAUAGCAAACUUUUUAGCAGCCGGAUUUUCAGGGGCGUACCUUUUGAGGACAAUCUUGAGGGACGGGGCUGAGCAGGAUACGGCGAGUGUGGUUGUGAGGCGGUGGAAGAAGAUAUUUGAUGACUUUGGCAUUGAAAAUGUCAAUGCUAUUUGUAUGGAGUCUGCGGGGACAUACGUUGCGGCUGCGAAGCUCCUUGCGCAGAACAACGAUCUUCGAUACAGUCACAUCACUUGGCUUCCAUAUGCGGUGCAUGUUUGCAGCCUGAUGUUGUCAGCCAUUGGCAAGGACGGGCGAGAUGGUGUCGUUGGACACAGGGAGGACACGAUCAUCAGAGCGAGGGCGAGGGGUGUGGGGUACGUCCUCCCAUGGGAGGACGAGGAUGUCAUCACGGCGGAGGAGAGACCGAAGCCCCGUGACUCGGGAGUCCACCCCGCGGAUAAGGUCUCCGAUGAGCAGCUGGACAGGCAUGUGUGGAAGGGGCGGAAGGAUUCGCUCACUCGACAGUCCGCGAGCGUGGAGAGAUACUUCGACAGACGAGCGACUAUUUUCCUGCCACACGAGGAGGAGGUGGUGUACGACCCUGAGCCCGACCCGCUCUCGCAGUACAAGAUUGAGGAGGAGCCAUGGUCAGAUCCCGAAGACCUGGAUGUGGAGUCGGGUCAGUCUUCCGACGAUGAUGUCCCUCUUGCACUGAUGCGGCGUGAGACGCGAGAUGACGACGACGAUAGAGGGUAUGAGGGCAGCAGCGAGUCCGACGACGAUAUGGAUUUCGGCAGGGGUGCGGAGGAUGCCAGACCGGGAGGUGAUGACGGCCCUCGAGACAUUACUGCCGCGAGGCAGCAGGGUCAGCGAUGUUCUGCGAGAUUGGCGGAGGAGAGAGAUCGUGGUGGUGGGGGGGCAGCCAGGGGAGGAGGAGAUGGAAGAUCGGGGGGACAAACUCCUCUUUCCCCUCAGAGGGGGAGAUCCGAGGCUGCCCACCACCUUACAACCUCUGCAGGGGACUUAGUCGCCGCGACCGGCUCGGUGACCGAUUUUCUGGGCAUGUCGAUGGGACCUCCCCCGACCCCCCUUGAUGCUGGACACGCCCUGGUUGCCGCAAGUGAGACACCGAUCAGCCAGGUUGUACGAGGAUUGGAUAUUGAUGGGGGUCUCUCGAGCAGUUUGUUGAUGGAGGCGGCACAGGGAAUGAAGGGUACGCCCGGAUGGGCCAUGCGGAGCAUGGGGGAUGUUGUCGAUCGUCCACCUACGCAGGAGAUGGAUGUGGAGACGGAUGUGGACAGGAGGGACCGAGAGGAGAGACAACGAGCAUUGACGCUUGCUCAGUUCUGUCUUGUGACACAGGACAUCAGAGCGACCUUGGAUGCUGCUCGCGCCCUUGAGACGGGCGUCACACUCGCCGCCGCGGCGGAUCGUCGUGAUACCCACGGUACGGGGGAGCGGAACCAGGAUGCCGAGGAGGUUCAGGAGGGGGACGGCUCCCAACCUGCGGAGGGUGAUGGCGGAGUUUGCAGACCAGGACUUGACCCCAUUCGCGGUGAGGAUGAUGAUGCAGAGGGAGGUGGUGAUGGGGCUGUCGGUGGAGGGGAUGCACCUCAUGGAGGAUCGGAUGCAGUUGCUCGGCAUGAUGCAUGCGAGGAGGACAGACGAACACGGGUGGAGGGCAUCAGGCGGAUGCCGGAGUAGGUAGUGCGUCUGCUGCACAAAUGCAGCGGUGUGCAGUUGAGGGACCUGGCGAGCAGGCAGCCGUCUCAGCGAUCGUC